GUUAUCGAUGAUUUUCCGCUUUACACGUGCAAAUUAAGUAGCACGUUAUAAAUUUAAUACGAAGAAGUUUACUUAAUUUAGGUAUAGAAACUUAAUUAAAAUGAAGGCCAAGGCGGAUAAAAACUUAACCAAUGGAGGAACAAUCAAAGCAAAGGUUAAGGAGGAACGCAAACGCCCAAAAUCCUUGAAAUCAGGGGAGGAUGUGGACAUAGGAAGACCGGCCAAGAUUCUAAAGGUGUCCAGAAAGGAAAAGCCAUCGGAGCCCGAGGAAAAGGAGAACACACCGAGCAAUGGUCACCUGAAGGUAUCUCAAAUCAACAAAGCCGUUUUCGUGGUCUUUAAAAAGAUCCAGGCCAGCCCCCUGACUCAGAAAAUGAUUAAUUCCCUGGUGGUGCUGCUGCGGGACGACACAAAUGUUGAACAGCGCACUGCCACCAGUUGCUACGUGCUUAAGCGUUUGAUACGUUCUACAGGAGCAGAUGACCUCAAGGCAGUAACCCUGGCCGCUAGUUAUAUACUCUGCAUCCUUAGCGCCGUGCCCGCUAUUGAUGCUUUUGAGGUUCUAGAAACCCUAAAGCGGGAUCUGGCCGUUGGCAGCCAGCAGAGGGGCAAGGAGGACUCCUUAGCCGCCGUAGGUCAGUUGAUUACAGCCUUUUGUAUCCUGCAGACGCCGCAGUUCGCCAAAGCCGAGGCCAAACUGGUGUCAGCAGUCUACCAGAUUCUAGCGACCCAGCUGAAAGGCAGGGAGUACCUGGUGUCCAUGUGUGCUGAUAUUCUAGCGGGCUCUUUCAAGCAGCUACCAGCUGCCAUCUUCGAGGAGUACGUGUGGCCACUUCUGCAACCCCAACUAAACAAGCCAUUGAGUGCAUUAAAGGUUAACACCUGCGAUCUAUUGCUUGCCGUUCAUCUUACCUAUCCCUCUAUUUUGGGACGGGAGCAGCUCAUUGCUAGUUUGUGGCCAAAAAAACCGGCAUUCGGACAGCUCUUUGAGCUCUACUUUUCCGGUUCUACCAUUCACAGUGACGGUGUCUACGCCAGAUUGGCUAUAUUCCUGACGAAAGGCGGGAAGGACAUGCUCGUUGCCUGGCAGCAUUUCAGCGAUUCAAAUCAUCCUUUAAAAAACAAUGCAGCUAAGGCUUGUGCGGUCCAAGUACUGGCCCACAUAAUACUCAACGUCGAACAAACAGAAGAACAGUACAUUUUGGAUAUUUUUACGACCACAUGUGUGCAAUUCUUGCUGCAGGAAUUGACAGCCUCAAAGGGGGAUACAGGUGAGGUAAAAAAACCCUCCCAAAAGGAGCUGCGCGAAAUUUGCUUCAAAUUCGAAGGAGCCUUGGUUUUGAGUUUCGAAAAGCAGUUGCAAAAUGAGGAAAUCAAACUGCAGCUUCUGCUAAAAUUACUGGACCACAGACUGCAGUUGGAUUCGGUAAUUAGUUUGCCACGUUUCACCCAGCAAUUGAUCAAUCAAUUAAGCGUAGAGAGUCUCCAGAAACUCUACGAUUACUACAGAAAUCUACUGAGUUCUUUGGACGAUGAGGAUAGAGUGAACCGAGUGCACUGCCUUAACCAGAUGCAAAUACUCCUACAGCAUUCAAAACUAGACCAGGAGGCUAAAUGGCGUCAAAAGCAGCUGCGUCACCUGCUCCUCGCUGGCCUUUUCCAUUUAGAUGUCGAUAAUAAGCCAUGUGAGGCCCCCAAAGCCAGCGCUUUCAGUCGCCAGUGUGCGGCGCGUUGUGAGGAAAUCUUUCUGGGUUCUCUGCUGCACAAGUGUUCUGGUCUGCCAGCUCUUUGUCAGUUGCUCCAAAAGACUUUGAGUUAUCUCAACAAGGAGUUGGGGAAACCAGGUACGGAGAGCAAAUUGCGUUUCCCAAGGAAUGAGGCCCUGCAGGAAGUAUGGAAACAGGUGGAAAAAUUGCUGGCGAAUCCCAGUAAAGAAACGGAUUUCGUUGCACAAACAUUCGAGGCGCUUAUCCUGUUUGUUUCUUUAUCUUUGUUCACAAAAAAUCCUCUAUCCGUUACCGUUUUGGAGGAUCUGAUUAUAUGCCGAAGAAAUGCCCUGGAGAAGAGCAAAAAAAAUGUUAACGAGGAACUUAAAUGGCAAGAUGUGCUUACAGAUGCCCUGCUGCAGUUGCUCUUACAAACGGGCCACUUCUGGCGUGAGUUUGUCAACCUGGUGGGCACUGCUUUGAUUCCCCACCUCGAGCAUGCUAACCUUGAGCAGGUUCUUGAAGUACUCAACAUGAAUCAAAAUCCCUUAAGCAAGAAAGACGAUGGCGAAGAGAGCAAUGACGAAAUCGAAGAAGAUUCCAGCGACGAUUCAGACGGUGAGGAUGAUGAUAGUGAGGAGGAGGAAGACGAUGAGGAUUCUCAUUUAGCACAAAUUCGCGAGAGCGUUCGUCAGGCUUUGGUCAACGAAGACGACGCCGAUGAGGAUGGCGCCAGUAGCGUGGAUUGGAACGAUGUGGACGAGGAGCAGGGUGAGCGUUUGAAUGCUGCCCUGGAGCGAUCUUUUCAGUUGUUCCGACCCAAGUCGCGCAAAGCCCAAGAGAAAGAGCGACCCUCCAAAUCGGAACGCAUUGAUAACACUAAACUGCUGCACUUCCGCAUUCGCGCUUUAGAUUUACUCGAGCUGUUUAUAUCAAAGAAACCAACUCAAUCGGUGAUCUUGGACGUGCUGUACUGCGUUUUUCAGGUGUACCGACACUGCAGCGGCGACACCAAACUGCAAUCCUUGCGAGAGGCCAGUUUAAAGUUGCUCAAAAAGCUGCUCGCUAAGAAUAUUGAAUUUGAUGCGAAGCAGGAUUCGACACCCAUUCUAGAGGCCAUUGAGCAGCUGAUGUCGACUGCCGAGGAUAAGUCAGAGGAGGAUCAAGAGGAUAGCAAGCAAUCAACCAACCGACAGGUAAAGGGAGAGGUCGCUAUUUGGAGGGAUAAAUGCUUCGCCUACCUGGUUUGCCAGGGCUCAGCAGCUGGGGAGCCCAAGCAUAGUGCCGUUUGGCCUUUGCUCGUUGAAUUCCUGGAGCUGUGGGUAGCCAAUCGGCGUAGUCGCCUAUCGCUGGCUAGUUUCGAGGCUCUCUUCCAGUCUAGUCAAUGGCAGGGAAUUGCUCCGCUGGCCGUUGUCUUGGCUUCCCAUUUGGAUGUAAAGAAAACACGCAGUUUCCGGCGAGCACAGAUAUUAAAGCUUCUCAGUGAGCAAUUUCGACGACUCGAAUCAGCUCUCAAGGAUGACAGCUCCUCUUCCAAGGAAUUCGAGAAGCAACUAGCCAGAUAUGUGCAUCAACUAGAGACAGAGCCUAGCAGUCCUAAAGAGUUAAAGCUGCUGCAGAAGAUUUUGGCCCAAGGUGCCCAGAAGCGACAGAAGUUGCUAGAAAGUAUUCAAGUCGUGGCCAAGAAAUCUAAGUCUGCAAAUAAGACAACAAAGCAGGAGCAGCAGGUUUCUGGGGAAGGUAUGGAAGUGGAAGAUGAGACGCAAGCAGCAAAGGGGGAACAACUGAAAACGAAAAAGGACAAGUCAAAGAAGCCAACAAAAAGCCUACAAAAUAAUUAAGUUCGCUCCAUAAAUAUCCCUGCUUAAUAAUAGAUUAACAUUAAGUUUUUUGUUCCUAGGAAAUAUCUAAUGUUAAAUACUAAAUUAGUAUUGAAGCCAAUAAACUUUAAAAACAAAUAUUUUAAA